AUGACAACCGUGACAGCAACAACAGUCAUCACACCAUCAAGACCUACCACAGCACCAACCGCCGAGGCAACUCUGAAGCCAGACGAGCCAGACCAGAUAGUGAUCAAGUUCUACCCUAGCACCGUUCCAAAAGAGCAGCCCAUCAACAGUGACGACGGAGGCGGCGAUGGCUUGACGACAGGCCAGAUAGCAGGUAUUGUAGCCGGCGGUGUGGGCUUGCUCAUCAUCGUUUUGGCGGCAACUUGGAUCAUCAUCCGACAUCUCAACAAGGUCGUCCAGGCAGUCGAGACUAGCAACAGAGGAACUUCAACGGGAACGAAGUCACGGCCAUCGAUGUACCAGUUUAAACCUACGCCAUCCGAAGUGGACGACAUGAGCGUCGAUCCGUUGAUGAUGUCGCCCCGGCCAUCCCACAGAAGACAUGACUCCGACACAACAGCCAACACCAUGGGCUUCGGAAGUCCCGACUUCACGCCGCCUUACCGGGGCACGCCCAGUACGAUUGGCGACUACCAAGCAGUCCCCCAAGAUCGCCACGCAAGCUACGACUCGUCCUACGGUGGCGGCUACUUCGACGUCGUCCCGGACCGCAGUCAACGCGUCAGCCAGGGGUCGAGUGCAUGGAUUGGCGUGCACCGCCAGAGCACGGAUUCGCAGGGACCCUAUGCUCACCUGCGACAUUACAGCAACGCGAGCGAGGCGAGCAGCGAUGGCAUGCAGGAGCUCGAUUCGACGCCCUAUGUGCCUGAGCUGGCCGCCACCCCGGUGCCGGAGGGACGGCGGCGAUCGGGGAGUAAUCUGUCCGGCAUGAGCCGGCCGCCUGCUGUGCAUCAGCGCCGAAGGAGCAGCGAAGGAGGCGGCGGUGGUCGUAGUAGGAGCGACAGCGCCGCGGCUGGCGGUGGGCUGGGCGUCGUCAGUGAGGACACUGAAGUCAUCGGACACUAUGGGCCUUCAAACCGUGGGACGGGACAGACAGGGACUGGGAAGUGA